AUGGCGAUCGACGAUAAUCUGGACAAUUAUUUACACGACGACGGACUCUCAGGAGUACCGGAUAGCGGAGAUAGAGAAGAUGUUCCGCUUAGCGAUAGAUACGCGCAACAGUUCCGGGAAGUAUACGGAAUAGUAAAGGACCUCAAGACAUUCAGUGAUGAUAUGAUCAACCAAACCAUGGACCAAUACUAUAACAGGUUAGGUUUGAAUGAAUACUACUUCAGUACCUCAAACGCUAAAAUGAUUGCAAAUAACAUGGUAUCCGUAUUAACCGCUAAAAUCUUGCACGAAAAUUCCGGAUCGGAUUAUUUCCCACUCAUCGAACAGGUACAUGAUGGAAGGGUUUUCAUUAUUACAAGGGCCUCUUUGUUAAACCAAAAAAUAUCACAAAUAUAUGCCGUUGAAAGAAGUGUAGAACAAAGAUACCUCAAUUUUGGAGAUAUGACAAAACCAGUAUGGAGAAUGCAAUGCUUUAGAUCAACAAAUUCUAUAUUCGAUGACCCCGAUAAUCUAUUCGAAAGGUUACGCAUAUACUUCUUGCAAUUGCCAAACUUCACAGUUACCAAUCCGGAACCAGGAGAAUUGAGACUUAGCAAAUUACUCGAUCGCGACUUCUAUAAAAACAAAAAAAAUACAAUCACGGAAGAUAUAUUCUACAAAUUAAAUAAACAAUUGGUAGAAUCGGAUACGGGACUUGGCAUUGCUAUCUCGGGAGAACCUAGGGAAUUCAAUACAUACCGCAUAGAUGUAGCAUUCAAAAGGGAAAAUAUACAAAACGACUUCUAUUCAAGAAUUGGAGAUUGCAUCACAUAUAAUGGAUGCUAUUCAAAGUCAAAGUAUAUAGAUCCACUAUCCAACAAUGUAUGCAUUCUAACGGCAUUCAUAACAACGCUACCAUCAACGGAAGUAGCCAAUCCAGAUUUGUCACUAGAAGACAGGGUACACUCAAUUCUUGCCGGAGUAAGGUUAUGCGGCGUACUGCCACAUUCACAUUACCUAGGCAUAUUAAAUGAAAGGCUUCUGGAGGUACAUGAAAUGGCAUAUGCAUUCUGUGCUUCCAUUUUCGUGGAACAUUUCAGUGGAAGUGUAGGACCACAUGUGGCACUAAUUGAACGAUUAACAGCAAAAGAACAAAUUACACCCUCGGAACUAUAUGAUAUUAGGUCAAAACUUAUGAUACCGCCAUACCUACCUGACCAAAUUUUCAAUGCCGUUAAAGCAAACUACGAUAUGGUCAAAAUGCUAUACAGACAUUUCUGUGUACUCCACUGCCCACUACUCAAUGCUUACGGUAUCAACACGGAUCAUGACAAUUCGGCGCUCAAGGAAAUGAUAAAAACAUUGGAUGAUCAGAAACACACGAAAAUAUUAUCAUUAUUCUUGACCUUCAAUAAUUGCACAUUGAGGACAAACUUCUUCGCAGCGGAUAAAAUCAGCCUCGCUUUCAGAUUGGACCCAUCUUUCUUAUCGAAAAACGAUUACCCUCAAACACCAUACGGGGUCGUUAUGAUAUUGGGACCUUACUUCAGAGGAUUCCAUAUUAGAUUCAGCGAAAUAUCAAGAGGAGGGAUCAGGGUUGUACAAUCGUUUUCUCAAGAAGCUUUCACAAGGAAUAAGUUACAGGUAUUCGAUGAGGCCUACAACCUUUCCUAUACCCAGAGCCUUAAAAACAAAGAUAUACCUGAAGGAGGAAGCAAGGGGGUCAUUUUGUUGGACAAAGCUGCCACUAAGGAACUCGCUAAUGUAUACACAAGAAGCAGCUUCAUGUGCUAUGUAGAUGGGCUCAUAGACGUAAUGAUGCCAAAUAAUGAAAUGGUAGAUCGACUCAAUAAGGAAGAAAUAUACUUCCUUGGACCGGAUGAACAUACUGGAACUGGACAUUUGAUGGACUGGGCGGCAAACCAUGCUAAAGCACGUGGAUUCCAAUUCUGGAGGUCGUUCACAACAGGAAAAGAUCCCGAAAUGGGUGGGAUACCACAUGACACUUAUGGCAUGACCACCGCCGGUAUAGAAGCAUACAUACACGAGCUACUGAAAAAAUACGAUCUCAAGGAAGAAAAUGUCACUAGGUUCUUGACAGGAGGACCAGAUGGAGAUUUGGGAAGCAACGCUUUGUUAUGGUCAAAAACCAAGACACUCACGGUUAUAGACCGCAGUGGUGUAUUGCAUGACCCAGAAGGUCUGGAUAUCAACGAGCUACAAAGGUUAGCUGCUAAUCGCCUAAAAGGCGAAGCUACAAGCUCGAUGCAUUAUAAUGAAGCGCUACUAUCUGAAAAAGGGUUCAAGGUACCAGAAGAUGCAGUGGAUAUGAUACUACCAGACGGUACAAAAGUCAAGCAUGGAUACAAAUUCAGGGAUGAAUUCCACCUUGGAGGAUGUGUAUCGGACCUGUUCAACCCUUGUGGUGGUAGACCAUCUUCUAUAACACCUUUUAAUGUGAACAAGCUAUUUGACGAGAAAGGCAAGUGUGUCUACAAGUUCAUUGUAGAGGGUGCUAAUGUCUUCAUUACCCAGGACGCACGGCGUAUAUUGGAAAACAGGGGUGUGAUACUUUUCAAAGAUGCAUCUACAAACAAGGGAGGUGUCACUAGCAGCAGUUUCGAGGUGCUUGCCGCCCUGGUCCUUGACGACGAAACUUUCGACGAAAAGAUGACUGUCAAGGCAGGAGGGGAGUUCCCACAGUUCCGCAAAGACUACAUCAACGAGAUUCUACACCUCAUUACCAGAAACGCUAGAAGGGAGUUCCACGCUUUGUGGAAUGAAGGGCUAAGAAGCGGGAUACCACGCUGCGAUCUCACCGAUAUACUCUCUAGCAAGAUCAUCGGACUUAAAAAGGAUAUCAUGGAUUCUAACCCUCUGUGGGACGAUAUGAGGUUGGUACAGUCUGUUCUUUCCAAGGCUAUACCACAAUCGCUUCUUACAUUGGUGCCUAUAGAGGAGAUCAUGAAGAGAUUACCCGAUCGAUAUCUGCGUUCGAUGUUCGCGUCAUACUUGGCGUCGACGUUCUACUACACUCAAAACUUUACUGAUGACACAUCAGUAUUUGCCUUCUACGAGUACAUACAAGUGCUCAAGGGCGAUGCGGCUCCUAUUGCCGACACUGCAUCGUUGAAUGAAUGA